UCGCGGUACGCCAAGUCAAUUGGCGAUACCUUUACUAUUGUACAUGUAGGUGAUAGGAAAUAUCGAGUUAAUUCUUCAGCCUCUUGACUCCUCAUAUAUAAGCGGUUAUAAAACUGAAGCCGUCACCUAUGUAUUCAGCUCCAGAUAAAACUCCUAUGUCUAAACGUUCAAAGAGCACGGCGACUUAAAUAUUUUGACGUCAUGGCGACGUCUCAUACCGAUGUCCGUACUGCCAGGUUUAAGGUAGAUAUGCUUGACGCCCUCGAAGCUCUUCCGUUGAGCAAUGGCGACUCAUCUGAUAACCCUAAUGAGCUUGGAAACGCGAUUCGGAAGUGGACGUCCAAUCGACCAACCACUCCCUUACUCUACGCACUCCAAGACUCAUCGGACAUGGAUCCCUCCAUGGAUCCCUCCAUUGAUAGCCUGACACCCCCCGACUCGACCCGUUUUUGCUGUUUGCAAAGCCUCGAAUCUCAAUGUCACUUCCAUGUCUUCAUCACUCAAAUAGAGAAGAGAGAGAUAGGCACCGAAGCUGAUAUCAUGGGUUGCGGGCUUGAGGAAAGUGAAGAGGACGCUCUACAACAUGGAACCCAAGAUAUCGAGGUUAUAGAAUGGUCGGUACGAUUGGACUUUGAUAUAUGGGGCAAUCGGAAAUCGCAUAGCUUAGACAUAAAAUCCGAUUUAAUUCUCCAAGGUGACGUUUUUAUUGACUGUGAGCCUGACGAGGACGGAUAUCUCCCUGAAGGCUAUGAUGAACCCGUCCACCCCGGUAUGCGUGGAUUCUGUCGAUAUUACCGGUCAUUAGCUCUACUUAUAGUCCCUCAAGCCACGAUGUUAACGUAUGUUCUGAGCAACUUCUUAGAGGUUGGCGAUAUCAGCGCCAUAGCUGAUAUCUUGGAAUAUAUUUCGUUAAGAUGCAACGGCAUUCUAGCAAGGGACAGCAUGUAUUUUGGGACAUUAGCUGAUCUAUGCGGGCAUUUCUUCUCCCAGCGGAAAGCGAGGACGUACGUUAAGAUGGAACUCCCCGAAUCUACUAUCACCGAAGUCCUCCGGGCAGCACUUCUCUUCGAAGAUCACUGCCUUUUUGAGUUGGUUUGUAAUAAUAUCGAAGUCAAUCUUUCAUCGUAUUUUUUCUUGUGGAUCGCAGAGAAGCUUCAAGGGUCGAAGCUACCACUCACUACACUGAGGCCAGCUUUCGAUCGUUCCGUUUUAGGACGCCGAACCCUUGGUGAUCAGUAUAGGUAUAUUUUGAGCUUAAACCUUACCUGCGAUGAGACACCAAAAGAGCUACGAGAACUUGCUCUAAAUGCAUUAGAUAAGAUGGUCCAAUUUUGCUAUACUUCUACGCUCUAUGAACAGGACGGCGAGACCCUUGUUCUUAUUGCCAGUAACCACCGGGGUUAUGACUGGCUGUUGACUAAACUAGGCCCUUUGGUUUCUAACAGGCACGAUAGCAUCGCCUUUGUGCUGGGUUUUAGUUGGCAACUAUACGUUAAUGCUCGCCAGGGUCGGUUGGAAGUCUCCGACUCUUUUGAGUUUCUGAAAGAUACUAUCAAAUCUCUAAUCGCGCGACUUGACGUCGUUCGUCUUAUUAGCGAACAGGGAUUCCAACUUUGGCAAAGUCAAAGAGCACUUCGGAGAGGAGGUCACACGCGGCUCAAUCAAGACGCAAUCCCACUACCUCCUCCACCGGUCACUAGUAACACAUUACUCAAUCUUUGCAGGCUUCUAUUUGACCUUGACAUGGAAAGCGACUUGCGCGACCUGGCAAGAAGAUUAGUGGAGCAAAGCGAAAGAAUUGACUUACUCGAACUCGUUGAACUUUACGUCCCUUUCGUCGGCGGUUUCAUGGAUCUUCUAGGGAGCCGAUCCAUCUCGGUUGAAGAUCCUGCAUACUUGACGCUUAUACGAACUAUUAUCCAGUCGUUCUGGACCCGAUAUAUUGUUAUGGAAGAGCAAAUCCCUACUCAAGCUGAACAAAGACAAACCUCUAACCAGAGGCUAGCCAAGUUCGACCGGGUUAAACGAGUGGAAAAAACCAGGCAGCAACUCGCAACCCUCAACCAGAGGAGUCUAUCAAUAGUGUUAGGGAGGGAUUAUUAUAACAUGACCGGAAACGAAGCACCUUACUCCGAGUACCCGCAACCGGACUUGGUAAUGAUUGAGCCGUAUGCUGUCCCACAACCCUAUACUGCGGACUCCUCUCACCAACCACGAGGUUACCAGAUAGGCCAUCCAGCCAGGGUGGACUGUAGCCAAACGGGUGGGCCACCGAUGUUUGCUGGACUAAAGCGCAAACAACCCAGGGAUGACGGAUUUGCUGACGAGCGACUGGCGAAGAGAUGAAAUUGGUAGCUUGCAUUUAUUAUAAUGGAAUUACUUAACUUUGGAGUUGAAAGGUAUUGGGUUUUGAAUAUGUACCUGAUAUCACUAAAUUAGGUUAUGUUAGGUACCUACCUGGUAUUUAGAUAUCCCGUGUGACGAGAGUUAUGGAAAAGGGGGCUUGUGAGCCGGGACUGUUACACGGUUCUCAUCGUACCUACUAUGUAGGUAGGUAGGUACCUAGCCUAGAUAAUUAAUGGGUGCCCCCACUUUAAGCACGGUC